AUGUCAUUGUGUCCACAUCAGCUUGCCCGUUUCCGCCUUAAAGGGCUCCCAGCACAAUGUAGGAACUCCGGCCUUUGGCCUCGGAGGUUGGGGACGUCGAACGUUGCACACCGUGUCAAGCAUAUCUCCAGCUAUGCGACGUCGGUUAGGGACCCCGGAACCGAAUCGCACGAUUUCACAACGCCUGCGUCAUUACAUCCGGUCAUCAACAAGGAGUUGGAAAGCCCAGACUGGGACAACCAUUCAAAUCCCGCAGAGCAAUCCGAGGAGAGAAAGAAUGAGCAGCCAGGAAAUGCGACCAUUUUACAAAAGUCCGAAAGUGGCUUACGAAAGCUCACCACGCGGCCGCUGUCUAUGAAGAGGGUCCGCGGGAUCCUGGCAGCGCAAGGCCAUAAUACUGAACACGCAGCCGCCGUGCUUCGCCGACUCAAUGCCGAGAUCGCAGCAAAAGACCGAUACUUCAACCCGAAAUCGACGUAUCUGGCGGCAGUCGUCAAGGGCAACUCGCUCUACGUCUCGCGGGGGUUGGGCAUUGAACAGUGGCAGUUGGCGUAUGGAGAGAUCUACAAAGCAAAGCACUACGAGCGUGAGGUAUCAAGGCAAGCUGUGAUACCAGGAUUGAAGGAGGAUAGUCAAGCGCUGCUCGAAAAGAUCCAGACAGACUGUCUUGGAAGUUUUCGGGACUCCUGGCAGGCCUUGCCAAGACGCGACAAGGCCGCUUGCUGGCAGCGCCUGGCCUUCUGGCUGAUGCAGAAUGACCCAAAACUCUUGAUGGAAUUUUUACUUGUUACAACGGAGAGCGGAGAGAAGCCGGACUGUACCAUGGUAUCCGACUGCUUCCUUUAUUUGGACAGAUUUUACUAUGAAGACUGGCUGAAGGAUUGGGUGGGCGGUACUCACACUUAUGAGUCGCUGAUCGAGGCUGCUUUGAAUCCGAAGGAUUGGCCUAUCCUUUCUGCAUCACAGAAGGGUGUUCGGCUCUAUAUUCAACGAGCUAGCCAUGAAGGCGUAAACUUCGCCCUCCAGACGGUAACAGGAAGACACAUUGAUUUGACCCCAGAGACUGCCUUGUGCUUCAUGUGGCGGUUCACGGAAUUUGGAGAUGUGGAUCGAGCACUCAAGUCCCUCGAGUUUAUUCCCAUGCUCAAAGACCCCGAAUUCACAUUGAAUUCUGAGGGAGUCCUUCGGCAUUGCUGCAAGCUUUUGACUCUAGACCGUGUUCAAGAUGGCGAGAAUGGACGCAACUUUGAGAUUCUUCCACAACUUUUGAAGAUGGGUGUUCGACCUGACCGGGACAUGAUGAACUUGGUGCUGGCAAAUGCUUACAAGACCGGCGACUCACAACUCGGUGCCGAUAUGCUUCAUUUCAUGAUGAAUCACGACUACGAAUUCGACUCUUACACCUACUUGACUCUGUUGACCGAAGCAGUCAAACGCGGAGACCGGGGCCGAGUCGACAACUUGAUCCAUAAACUCAAGGAAGAUAAAGAUCUCCACAAUCACCCAUACAUCGCCAACAAGAUAUUCCAUUCUCACUACGUUUUCACCGCCAAGAAUAUGGAUGCAGACUCCGAUCCCGCGGGGGUCUUCUACUCCAUGCUUGAUAUGUACAACACUUUAUACGACAUCACCCCCUUGAAAGACCUCCUCCUCAUCCCGCAACACUAUACGCCUCGAGCAGGAGGCUCUAAUGCCCCUCCAGAUCCCAUCGCCCUGUACAUUAUGAUUGCGACCUACUUCCGCUGCCAGAACCGCCUCUCAACGGUGCAAGUAAUCUACCACCGAUUCCGAGAAUUGGUAAAGAAUGAUCACCCAUCUAUCGCUCUUCUCGCGGAGACUGACCACACCUACAAUGAGUUCCUCAUUGCGAUGCGCGACAAUCCUCAUGCACUGCGGUCGUGUGUGUACCUUGUCGAAGACAUGCUUCGUUCUUCUAAAUCCCCGAGACCCACUGCGCGCACCUGGAACAUCUUGCUGAGCGCUUUUAUCUACAACCGGCAACCUGCAGCCGCUGAGACUAUCAUGGAAAUGAUGGCCAAGCACCAAGUCGAGUAUGACCAAGUCACUUGGAACACCAUCAUCAGUGGUCACGUCAGCGAACAGAAUGUCGAAGAGACUGCUGCCGCUAUCAAGGCAAUGGAAGAACAGGGAUUCGUCAUUGACCCCUACACCAUGAAGACUUUGCGCUAUCUUCGCGAUCCAGAGCGUCUCUGGGUUGCCAUUGACGAGCUGGAUAAGUUAUAUUCCGAACAGAGCUCUCAGCAGGUGACUUCCAAGCCGGAGGAUGAGACCAGCAGCCCUGCUGAGGGUGAGUCGGAAGACCAGCUGCUCGAUAUGGGAUUACAGAAACUGGUGCUCAAGUGA